GCGCUGCGAGGAGACGUGUUGGGAAUUGUGUGUCCGGCAGGCAGAGGAGAGCCGCAGGCACAGAGCGCUGCAGCUGGAGGAGGAGGAGAGACUCGAGGCAGAGCAGGCCCGGCGCAACCGGGAGAGGCUGAAGGACAAAAAGAUCAGGCAACAAGUCAGAGCGAACAGUCCUGAACUUCGAGAGUUAGAAAGAAAGAUACAAUCUGCUUAUAUGAAUAAGGAACGAGAUGAACAGAUUGCUGAAAAAAAUGCUCUGCACCUUGAGAAAAUGAAACGGAAGGAGGAAAUAGCCCAAGAGAUGAAGGAAGAGUACGAAAGGUUCAUGAAAGAAGAAGCUUCAGCAGAACUGAGGCGAAAUGAGGAGAAGAUAAUGUACCAGCAAGAGCUGGAUAAACAGCUCGAGGAACAGGAGAGGAAGAAGCAGGAAGCUUAUGAAGAGUUUCUAAAAGAUAAACUCAUGAUUGAUGAAAUUGUAAGAAAUAUCUAUGAGGAAGACAAAAUAGAAAGGCAACAAAAAUUAGAUAAAAUGAGAGAAAUUCAGGCAUAUAUUGAAGAAUUUCAAAAAGAACAAGCUAUCUGGAGGAAAAUGAAAGAGGAAGAGAUGGAAGAAGAGAACAGGAAAAUUAUGGAGUUUGCCAACAUGAAGCAACAAAGAGAAAAUGAUUGGAUGGCUAAAGUUCGAGACACUGAGGAACAAAAACAGAGGCUUCAAAACAUGAUUGCCCAGAAUCUGGAAAGGGAACAGCGGAAGCGAGAAGAACUGAAACAAAUCUGCCAAGAGCUGUAUCUGGAAAAACAAGAGGAGCUGGAAAGGAAGAAAGAGAUGGCAGAGAUUGAAAAGAGAAUAAGGCAACGCCUGGACUUAAGGCAAACAUUUGAAGAGCAAUUUGCUCUGAAGGCAGCAGCACAACAAGCCAUGAGAGAAGAGGAAAAAGCCUUCAAGCAGCAGGUGCUGGCCAAGUUUGCAGAGGACGAUCGCAUCGAGCAGAUGAAUGAUGAGAAACAGAGAAUGAAACAGCUUGAAUACAGAAGAGCUGUGGAGAAACUCCUUGAAUAUCGUCGCCAGCAGCGUAUUGAGGAGAAGGAGCGUGAACUUGAAGAAAGAGAGUUAGAGAAGAGGAGACAAGAAAGCUUUCGUGCAAUCGUUGAAGAGGAGAGGCAGAAACUCUUGAAAGAGCAUGCGUGGAAACUGCUGGGCUACCUGCCUCCAGGAAUACUCGAAGAAUCUGAUAUGAAGAUGCUUGGAGAAGAGUUUAGGUUGGCUUACCAGCAGACAAGAGGUAACGCAUUCGAGGAGAGCUGA